AUGUCCUGCCAGCAGAACCAGAAGCAGUGCCAGCCUCUUCCCAAGUACCCCGAGAAGAGCACAGCACAGUGUCUGCCUGCAGCCUCCUCCUGCUGUGCUGCAAGCUCUGGGAGCUGCAGUGUCCCCAGCUCUGAGGGAGGCUGCUGCCUGAGCCACCACAGUCGCAGGUCCCACAGAUGCAGGCGCAGGAGCUCCAGUUCCUGUGACUUUGGCAGUGGUCAGCAGUCUGGGGACUCAGGCUGUGGUCACAGCUCCGGGGACUGCUGCUGA